GGGAGGCACCGGGAACUACAUUUCCCGAGGAGGGACCGGCUCCUGCAGGCUGCGUGUUACGGGGACGACGCAGGCCACAGCCGGGGCAAGCACCAGACGGCGUUUGGGGGGCAGCCCGUAAAGGGGGGCGUCUUUUCCUCCCCUCAUCUUGGUGACCAGGCGGUGCCAUCUGUGUCUCCCGUGCCGCACUGCCGUGCACCCCGCUGCCCGGCCCCCUGUUAGUUUUUCCUGGUCCCCGCAGGGAGUUGGGGCCUCGAGGUUCCGACGGAGCGGCCGUUGCUCCGCGCGGAGGUCUGGAUCGCGCCCCUCUCGGGCCCCGCGGAGGCCCGGCCCCUAUGGGCCCGACCCGGAAGCCUAACGUGUGCCGCCGGCUGAGCCGCCGGGCGCUGGGCUUCUUCUCCGGCGACGCGGGCGCGGUGCAGAGGACGAACCUGGGCAUCCUGCGGGCGCUGGUGUGCCAGGAAAGUACUAAAUUUAAGAAUGUUUGGACUACUCAUUCCAAGUCACCUAUAGCCUAUGAAAGAGGAAGAAUUUAUUUUGAUAAUUAUCGGUGCUGUGUCAGCAGUGUUGCAUCAGAGCCAAGAAAACUUUAUGAAAUGCCAAAAUGCUCCAAAUCAGAAAAAAUAGAGGAUGCUUUAUUAUGGGAAUGCCCAGUGGGGGAAAUGCUGCCCAAUUCAUCAGAUUAUAAAUCCUCACUCAUAGCACUGACAGCCCAUAACUGGCUACUUCGUAUAUCAGCAAGUACGGGAAGAGUCCUUGAGAAAAUAUAUCUCGCUUCGUAUUGCAAAUUCAGAUACUUGAGCUGGGACACUCCUCAAGAAGUCAUCGCAGUCAAAUCAGCUCAGAACAAAGGCUCAGCAUUGACCCGGCAGGCAGGCCUUCCACAGCCUGUCUUGCUGUACCUUGCAGUGUUCCAUGUUCUACCUUUUUCACUCAUAGGGAUUCUGGAGAUCAACAAAAAGAUUUUCGGGAACGUUACAGAUGCUACCUUAUCUCAUGGAAUACUGAUUGUGAUGUACGGCUCAGGACUGGUCAGACUCUAUAGCUUCCAAGCCAUCACUGAACAGUUCAUGCAACAGAAACUUGACUUAGGGUGUGCAUGCAGAUGGGGUGGGACUGCUGGCACUGUGGGAGAGGCUCCUUUUGGCAUUCCUUGUAAUAUUAAACUCACAGACACGCCACCACUGCUCUUUGAGGUGUCCUCCCUGGAGAAUGCCUUUCAGAUUGGAGGCCACCCUUGGCACUACAUCAUCACACCUAAUAAGAAGAAACAGAAAGGAGUUUUCCAUAUUUGUGCCCUUAAAGACAACUCCUUGGCUAAAAAUGGGAUCCAAGAAAUGGAAUGUUGUUCUCUAGAAUCAGACUGGAUCUAUUUUCAUCCUGAUGCUUCUGGAAGAAUAAUCCAUGUUGGCCCAAAUCAGGUCAAAGUUUUAAAGCUAAAUGAAAUAGAAAAUAAUAGUGGCCAACAUCAGAUCUCUGAAGAUUUUGUCAUUUUGGCCAACAGGGAGAACAAAAAUGAAAACUUACCCACUGUUACUGCAUCUGGACGGGUGGUUAAAAAAAAAUUUAAUCUUCUGGAUGAUGACCCAGAACAAGAGACUUUCAAAAUUGUGGACUAUGAAGAUGAAUUGGAUUUGCUUUCUGUGGUAGCUGUUACUCAAAUAGAUGCCGAAGGAAAAGCUCACCUGGAUUUCCACUGUAAUGAAUAUGGAACUUUACUUAAAAGCAUUCCACUGGUGGAGUCAUGGGAUGUGACAUACAGCCACGAAGUCUACUUUGACAGAGACUUGGUCCUCCACAUAGAACAGAAACCCAGCAGGGUCUUUAGCUGCUAUGUUUACCAGAUGGUGUGUGACCCUGGGGAAGAAGAAGAAACCACAAACAGCAGUUGAGAAAAAGAGUGAGAAAAUGGUUAAUUUUGAGAUGUAACUUAUGAGACUUUUAGCCAAACACCCCAACAACUGUGUCCAGUCCUCCUUUUUAUUUGCAUAGCAAGUUCUCCAGUGUUUUCCAGAAAAGAUCUUGUAUUAACUCCAGAUGACUGUGACUUCUCUAUAAAGUCUUGCCAUAUAAGGUGGUGAGAACUUCAUUUUAUGUAAGGGAUUUUAGCAUGUUCUCCCAAAAGGUCUAGCAUUUUAGAGAUUUUAGCUAGGUGGUGAUGAAAAUAUAAAAUGUUGAGAACAGCUUAAUUUUAGUCAUUGGGGAGAAGGUCGUUGGUGAGGAGGUGUUUAACAUAGCUCUCAAAGGAUAGUAUAGAAUUUUGAUUGGUAAUACUAGAAGGGAAAGACAAAAAGAAAAAUACAAAAGAUAAAGAAAUCCUGUGUCCUCUGUACCAUACUUUGCUUAAGGAUGAGAAAUGAGAUCUGUAAUGUGAAAGCAUACUUUUGAACCAAAGAUGUAUCAUUACAGUUAAAAAGAAAAUCUUACAUAUGUAUCUGUAUUUUGUAUUUGUACUAAUUAUUUUUUCUUCCAUUGUUUUAUUCUCAUAGCUUGAUGUUCUCAUUAUUUGUGUUUCUAUCAUAGACUAAUGUAAAAGAUUCCAAGCAAACUUUAAGUGAAUUUUUUUCUAAUAUGUAGCCUGUUAGCGCUUAAUUAUUAAGAAUGUUGUACUCAUUUCACCAUUCUGUCUAGUUGGUGUGUCCUCCAGUUUUGCUUAGGCAAUACGGUAGGGUAAAGUUAUUCUGGCUCGUACCAGUUUUGCUCUCUAUAGAAGAGUAGAUGGUUCCAGGAGUAGCUUGGGAACUAACUGCUUAGAUAGAAAAAACUUUUGGUUUUAUCUUGCUUGUGAAAUGAGUAUUUUUUCUUAUAUGUUAAAAUUGAUCUAAAUAUGAUCCUUGAAAUCAGAUAGUCAUUCUUUAGAAUGUUAAAUAAAUGCAACCUAAGUAAAAGGAGAAAGUAUUUUUUUGUGCUUCC